AUGGCACUGAGUUAUUGUUGGGGUCCAAUAGAUGGAACAAGCAAACUGCUUAAGACGACACAUGAGACGUUGGCAUCGAGAAGGGAGAAAAUCGCAGUGGAUACUAUGCCGCAGACUUUUCAGGAUGCAAUAAUCAUUGCUCGAACUCUUGGUAUACAAUAUCUUUGGAUUGACAGCCUUUGCAUCAUCCAAGAUGACUCUCGAGAUUGGCAGAUUGAAUCAAGCAAAAUGGCUGAGAUAUUCAGUAACGCCUAUCUAACUCUAAUUUCCGCCUCUGGAUCAGGUUGCAACGAUAGCUUUCUCAGCCAAUAUCUGGCUGGAUUAUCCUGCACCAUUCCUGUCGACUUGAACCCAGAAAUGGCUAUACAGGGGCAAUUCUCUAUCAGAUUGCGGCGAUUUCCGGGAUCAUCUGAUAAAAUGGCGGAGAUUCUAACUGGCAAAUGGAUUUCGCGGGGUUGGACUUUUCAAGAGGAACGACUUGCUCGACGUGUUCUGAUGUUUGGAGAAAACAAGUAUUUCUUCGAUUGUAGGACCUUUGAGCAGGCUCAGGAUACGGACAAACGUGGGCUACGCCCGAACUGGGCGACAGCAGUUGCCAGCACUAAAGACGAAAUAAAGUUCAGGAAGGAAAAUGUUCAGCUAGACAACCAUUGGGAGCAUUGGCAGACUCUCUGCAGGCAUUACGCAUACAGAGAACUAACGUUCCCGGAAGAUAAACUGCCAGCAAUUUCUGGCAUGGCGAGCAAGAUGGCUAUGAAAGUCCAGUCUGAAUAUCUAGCUGGUCUGUGGAAAGAUAAUCUCAUGCACGAUUUGUUUUGGGAAACUGGUGCCGUCACGACUAAGCUUCGGAAAUAUCGUGCUCCUUCAUGGUCUUGGGUCUCGUUGGAUGGUGUGAUAAAUUGGCCGUUAUGGAGAACUUUUGCGUCGUGUAGUGAAUGUACGACUUACUGUGAUGUGCUCGAUGUACGGACGACACCCAAUGGCCUUGAUCCUUAUGGGGCAGUGAAGGACGGGUUUUUGAAAGUUCGGGGAAGAUUGCAAGAAGUGAAAGUGCUUCGGGUUGGUGAAAGCAAGUAUCAGCAUCCUGGAAAACUUUAUCAACAAGGUAUUGAAAUUGGCAGUGCAAAUUUUGAUAGAGGCAUUGAGAGUAACUCCAAUCAAGUUCACAGCUCAGAGGAGGUAUAUCAAGGCCUUCUUAUGGCGGAAUGCAAUAGUUCUGAAGAUGGCGAGCCUCUUAUUCGUGGUUUAGUGCUAGCGAAGAACGGUCGUAAACGAGAGGGCCAUGACGAGUUGGAACGAGUUGGUACUUUCACUCUACCAUCAGGCGGUAUUCCGGAUGAGUGGAACAGUGAUGCAGAACAAGUAGUAGUAAUAAUUUAG